AUGGUUUUUAUGCAUUCGGCGCCGGCGCGCUCGGCACUGGACUUCGCCGAGGAGGAGCCGGGCGCGGCGGCCGGGCCGGGCCCGCUCAGCGGCCGCCUCACGCGGGUCAGCACCUGGCACGGCGCCGACCCCAACGACACUGGCGAGCACGUGACCAGCGUCAAGUGCCACCGCAGUGCCAAGGAGUAUUACACGGUGAUUCAGAAUGUGAAGAAAGCCUACCAGAUCCAGGAGUUCGGCGAGUUCCAGGAGUACAACGACGACAUCGAAUACAUCAUGGACGCCCUGCAGCCUACCAACAGCGUGUCUACGAGGUGUCUGUCGGCCACCCGCCUGGCCGGCAAGUGCAUGGCGGCGGCGUUCCGAAUGCACCUGCGCGCGCACGGCACGGUGACGCGCUUCUUCGCGGCGCUGGCCGACGCGCCGUCCGACCCCAGCCUCUCGCUCUGCACGUCGGCCGUCAUGUUCAUCCUCAGCGAGGACCAGCUCAACAUGGACCUGGACAAGAGCAGCCUGGAGCUGAUGCUGAGCCUGCUCGACUCGGACGCCACCGCGCCGUCGCCCGAGUCGGCCGAGUCCAACGGCGAGCUGUGCAAGAACCGCGCCAAGGUGCGGGAGCUGUGCGCCCAGCUGCAACGGCAGGGCCAGGCCAAGCAGCUGAACCUGGACACCAUCACGGCCGGCCACCUCUCCAUGGAAACGCUGCUCAGCCUCACCUCUCAGCGCGCCGGCGCCUGGUUCAAGGAGGAGCUGCGCGCUCUGGGCGGCGUGGAUCGGCUGAUGGGCACCGUCUCGGACAGCCUGCGCUGUCUGCGCCAGACGGACGAGCUGCGCAGACAGCGCGACACCAUCGCGCGCGUCAGCAGGUGUCUGCGCGUCGUUGAGAACGUGACGAGUCGUAACGAGGAGAACCAGCGGCACGUGCUGCAGUGCGGCGGCGGCGCCGGCCUGGCCACGCUCAGCGAGCUGUUCCAGCUGGCCGAGCGCGAGCUGGCCGACCCGGCCUGUUCGGCCGCCAUCCUGCACGCGGUGCUGCGGCUGCCGGACCGGCUGCCCGAGCACCGCCAGUUCGACCUGCUGCUGCUCUCCAUGUACCUGCUGAUGAACGUGACCGAGAGCAGCGCCGAGAACCGGCGCCGCCUGGUGACGCGCCUGCCGCCGCUGAAGCUGCGCAUCUCGCGCGACAAGGACACCGGCGACCUGACGGCACGGUGUUGA